AUGAACAACCCUUCUCACAUAUUAAUCGCGCGAGGCCACAACCCCUCUGCCUCUUUGUCGAGCCCCACCGAAACUCAUGCCGCCGCAUCAGGCAUAUUCCGGUCAACUAGCUCACCGCCAUGGCUGCUCGAAGAAACUGAAACGGAGGACACCGUAUCUGAAUCAAGCAUCGAGGACGAUUUAGAGCUUGACCAAACAUUCACAAAGGCUUACCCUUUCCCUGGAACUGUCAAAAUAGUCGUUCAAAACACAACCUUCUGGACUCAUAAAGAAGUGUUAUACUUUGCCUCCCCAUUCUUCGAAGCGGCGCUGAGCGGCAACUGGGCCGAAACAGGACGACCACAGUCAAUGUCCUCCAUCAUAACAAUCUCUCAAACGCCUACUGUCCCCGGAAAUAAAUCUGCGCCCACAGAAAUGACCUUCGCCCCGAUGGACCCCGAUAUAGACUCAGAGGAUCCUGAAUCACCAGACCAACCUCCAACCGAUACCGAGGAGGACGACUCCAAGUCAAAGAACGGCGAUGCCAAAGCACAGGCCAUAGAUCAAAGUCUCGCGAAACUAGAGAGCAAGCCACCCAUUAAAAUCCCUCCUCCCUCGACAUUGAAGCGGCGAACCAGAAUGGCUGAUGCAGUGAUUGUGUUAAAAGAGGAGCGUGCCAGCACAUUUCACGACUUUCUCAAAUUUGUGUACCCUCACCUCGAGUGCACUAUAACAUGGAACAAUGCGGAGAGUCUCAUGAACAUCUCAGACAAGCUUUGUGCGCCUGCGCUACAACAGGAAUGUCUCAAAUUUCUCCUUACCCAUGCUGCUGGGCGGCCAAUCAAGGCACUCCGUAUAGCCGAGAUAUUUGAAGAAGAGGACCUCUAUCAACAAGCAAGUCGUUUUGUCCUUGAUAAUCCAGGCGGGUGGUCAGAGCAAGAGUUGAAUACUCUCAGUCGAGAUACGCUUUUGAAACUCGAAAAACGGCGAAACUGGUUCCUCGAACGUGUUUUGAAACUCGGUCUAACCGUGGUUUCGAAAGAAUAUCAAUGUUGCCCCACAUGUCCCGAUCCGGCCAACUGCGCUCGACUAUUAGAAGAUAAGUGGCGGCAAGCAUAUCAUGCAGUAUUUCGAAUUGGACCGCCACGACCAUCUAUGGUCUUCCGCUAUCUGCGACAGUUGGAGGUGGAAAAGCCGUUGAGUUUAACACACUUGAGCUGCCAAACAAGUGCGAAGGCAUUUGUCGCUACAUUAUUUGACCGCAUGUUCUCUCUGGGUGUCAGGGGAAGUGGGACCGACACAGCGCCUCGAAGACACUUUUUAUACUGCUCUCUCAAGUCGGAGCCACAACCUCAGACGAAACGGUCACGUGAAGUAAUUUCCAUGUCUGCGUCAUGA